AUGCGACUGUUUGGUGUAACUGUGACGACGGGACCGGAACCGGAUCCUGAACCAGCACCGCCGUCACCGGUCCCCAUUAAUCGCAACAUGUGUGUUGACACAAUUGUCCAAGAGAAUUCUUCCACUGAAUUGUCCACUGGCGGAUUGAGAACACCAACUAGGAGAACUAAGAGAGGAAAAAUUGUGAGAGAGAAUUCAGAAUUUGGCAUGGUAGUACUCCAAGUUUAG